GAUACACAUCACCUCUCAUCCUUACUUUUGAAAGCCUCUUUUGUGGGGUGCUUGCUGUUUUUGUGGGACUGGAAGAUAUCAACAUUAUCCGCGGAAAUGGAGAACUAAAGAUAGGAAGAUUGUCAAUCAGCAUUUGUGUUGCUUAUCGACACAAAAGAGGUUAUUCACGACAAUGCUUGCAAGGUCAGGCAUACGGAGGACGUCCUCUGAAUGGGUCAGGUCGAUAACAAUUCCAUCAGCAUGCAAGUCGAGGUCUCAAUCUGGAUCUCGUAUUGCACCUCUGUCUAGCUCAAAUCGAAGAGCAGCCUACUCCAGUCUCGCCAGUGGAUCUUCGCCUGUUGAAAUAGCAAAGAGAUUGAGCUUAUUACGUCAUAUCGCUCAACAGAAGUUGCCAUCUGAAGGACAGACACCCAGCCAUCGGAUCGCAUGCUUUGUUCGAUCGGUGAGGAAGCAUAGAAAUGUGACUUUUUUGGCAAUCAGUGAUGGCUCCCUAUUGAGUGGAGAACAGCAAACUUUACAAGCAGUCUUGAGAGGAUCACUGAAAGAACAAUAUGAUAAUCAUCUUGCAUCUGGAAUUGCAUUGGAACUGGUUGUUGAAGCGGCAAAGAGUAAAGGCCAAGGGCAAGAUGUGGAAUUGUUGGUGAAGGAAAUGCAAGUUACAGGAGAGACUGAUGCUGCAACAUAUCCUAUUCGAUUAGAACCUGUUUCAAAAGGUAAUAGUAAAAGCCAAGAGCAGCAAAACAUAAACGAAGCCCAUACCAUCGAAAGGUUGCGCCGAAAUGCACAUCUACGAUCAAGAGAUUUACGACAUUCUGCAAUCCUUCGAACGCGCGAUGUGAUGGAAGGUGGGGUGACUGAUUACUUUCGUUCACAAGAUUUCGUCAGAGUCGUGACGCCGGUCUUGACUGCAUCGGAUUGUGAAGGAGGGGGAGAAGUGUUUCGCGUAGAGGCUGCUACAAAUUGGCCUUCAAAGGUGCAACCCAAAGAUGGAAAGCAGCAUUCGUUCUGGUCAGAUUCACAAGCCUACCUUACAGUCUCCGCUCAAUUGCAUUUGGAAGCAAUCACGAUGGGACUAGGUAGAGCAUAUACCCUGUCGCCAGCUUUUCGCGCAGAAGGAAGUGCGACAAAUCGACAUUUGGCAGAAUUUUGGAUGUUGGAAGGAGAGCAAAUCACUAGUCAAGAUGCAUCUGUUGCAAUGGGUGAAGUGACAGAUGUUGUGGAGGGAGUUGUCAGGAAUGCCAUUUUAGCAGUCAUAGAGCGAAAGGAGCUUUUGCAUCAACUUUCGUCGGACAAGCAAGCUUUCGAGGAGAUUGCACAAUAUGCUACCGGGAAGAGAUGGCAGAGGAUCACAUAUACAGAUGCUAUUGAGCAGCUUUCAUGGCAAGAGUCACCUUCACACAACUCUCCACCCAAAUGGGGCGAUUCUCUCUCUUCCGAGCAAGAAAGGUGGCUUGCACGAAAUGGGCCGAUCUUUGUGACGAACUAUCCCAGUGCAGAUAAGCCGUUUUAUAUGCUAGUCAAUGACGAUCAAAAGACGGUUGCAUGCUUUGAUCUUUUGGUGCCUCGAAUGGGUGAAUUGGUUGGAGGUUCAUUACGUGAGACUCGAUUGAACACCAUACAAGAAAGGAUAAAGACUAUCUCACAACAAGAUCAAGAAGGCAUCUCUGAUAAACUUGCAUGGUAUACCGACGAUUUGCGAAAGUAUGGAUGUAACCCGCAUGGAGGUUUCGGAUUGGGUGUCGAACGAUUGUUGGCUUGGAUCACAGAUACGGACAGCGUUCGAGAUGUGAUUACAUUUCCCCGAGUUAAAGGUCCGCUUCAUUUCUAGAUCGGGCUGACUAGACUAAUAAUAGAUGUUUUUGUAAUUUUACUAUUUCUGUACAUUAUCAAAAUCAAUCAUCAUAGAAAGA